AUGGCCCCGAGUCAGCACACACAGUUGGAGAAAGUCAUUGAUGAGGUGUUUAAGAGUGGGGAUGUCCAAGCACUGGAAGUAUUCUUGCAAAAGGACAUAUAUGAAGGGACCCCCGUAAAAUGUUCUACACAGUUUCUCACCAAACUGGAUAAACUUAUCAGCAAGGGUUUGGACCAGAACGAUCCCAAAUCAGCUAGUUUGGGUCUCGCUAUCAUCUACAAGUAUGGGAAAUAUCUGAAAGUACCCAGUGGUGGUCUGCCAGAAAUAAUAGCUCAAGGCUUGAUCAAAAAGAUGGUACAGUGGUUUGGGAAAUGCAGGCAACUGUGGAUCCAGUGCGGCCCACGGUGGAAUGAGACCUUGUUCAACCUUUCUGAGGACUUCUUUGAAGCCUUAAUGGUGGUUCACGAAGCAUGCAAAGAGGGAACAUAUGAAAUUACUGAGUCCUUCCUGUAUCCCGUUGGUCAGUUGGUAGUAGACCCCAGAAUCUACAUCCUUAUACAAAAAGAGGCGAUUCGUAAAUUUAACAUAAUUUUGGACAAAAUCCCAGUGGAGCUUAAGAAAGAGAGGAAGAUCAGAACAUCACAGGAGACCUCAGAGAUCAUGAUCAAGCUGGCUGGUCAGAUAUUAGAGAGUGGAGAUUAUGACUUUCAGACAGCCCUGAUGGAGGCACUGUGCCGAAUGGCCAGUCCUGACCAAAGGAAGGAGCUGGCAGAUCGUUGGUUCACCAUGCAGCACGUGGCCAAUGCCUUUGUCAAGAUCCAUGAUUCUGAGUUUGAAACGGAUUGCCGCAAGUUUCUGAACUUGGUGAAUGGGAUGCAGGGAGACAAGAGGAGAGUGUAUUCCUACCCUUGUUUGGAGGCUUAUCUGGACAAGCAUGAGCUGCUGAUGCCAACUGAUGAAAAGCUGGAUGAAUUCUGGAUUGAUUUCAACCUUGGCAGCCACAGCAUCUCCUUUUACUUUUCUUUGGCUGACGAAGAGGCACAGGAGGGCCAGUGGGAAACAAUAUGUAUAAAUGAGAAUGAAGUCCAAAGCUACACUGUUACAGAGAAGGGCAAGAGACAAGUCUUGCAGUUAAACCUGUCAGAGGUGGUGGUCGUGGGUGCAGUUGAAGGAUCAAGUCUCACCAUCUACUUCAGCUCCUCCUUGGACAUCCUGCAGGCUGCUUGCAGCGUCUAUGGACAGAGCAAAAACAAAGGCUUUGUAGGAAAGACCAGCACAUCUAUAGUGAAGACUACAGUCAAAAUUAUAAUGGACGAGAACAGCUCCCAGGUUGUUCCAGAAAGCCAGGUGUCUCUUGGUGAAAGUGAGAAAAAUACUGCCUCUUACCUUUUACCUACCCCGUCUGCACUUGCCCAGACUCCAGCCAGGAUGAGGUUUUCAGAGUCCACCACCUUCAUCAGCAGCUGCAGUGCUGGAGGAAGUGUGCAUGGUGCCAGUUCCCUCUCUGCUGUCAUGCAGUCAACCAAUGGUAAAGGGAAACCAUCUCUGGAGAUGGUUCGUUCAUGUGACAGGCAGAGCACAGUUAACCUGGGCGAGCUAAGGACAACUGCUAAGACCUGCAGUCAUGGCACAACACCUGGCAGCACAAAAGCAGGUGGCAUGACAGAGCAGAGCAAAGCGUCCAAACAGGCCAUCAAGAAUAAGGUUGAUAUGAAGAAAAAGAACAUAACACUGACGAAAGCUGUAGAUUUGGUUCUAGCUGGACGAGGGGAGGACCAGUCUCUGGAGAAUGGUUUUGUACCUGACACCCAACCCAGAACUGAGAGAAGCAUAUUUUCUAGCUGGAACAAACUGUCAGUUUCUGAAAUGCUAAUGAUGCCAACACAGAAAAUAUACUCUCUGCCAGUAACUGAUUCCUGUUCAAGUUUGACACAACAGCCAGAACAUCUGGCUUCUGGCCAGAAAUCGUCUGUUCAAGGCUCAGGCCCAAUCAAACAAAAGGAGCUCCAUGUCCAACUCACCCAGCGCCUGCAAGAGGUCCUCAAUGAGAGGAGCCAAAAACCUGCCGUUCAGGAGCCAGCUGCAGCCCAGAGGAAAGUGUGUGAUAUCAGAGAGGACUCGAAAGGCAGAAGCUCUGCAGACCAGCAUGGCUCCACAUCGUGUACUUCCAAAGAGCAGCAGGCCAAGAGAAAUGGCCCGGCCAGAGGGAAGAACAAAGGCCAGAUGUCAUUAGAGGCAGAUGCUACUGCUGUCAAGGCUCCAGUCAAGGCCUCCACAACCAACAUUCUACAGGAAAGAACACCAAAUGUUAAAGUUAAAACUAACAGGGCCCUCUCAAGGAACGAGAAGAGAGAUGCAGAAGUUGCAGGCAGCAUGGUGAAGCUCAUAUCUAGCCGUUAUGAGAUUAACACCAAAUCCACGGCAAAACCUACAGUAGAAAAUAUCUCUCAGUGCUGGAUCCCUCCACUUGUCAACAGGCCCAUCUUCAAUAUGAGUUGGCAAACAAACGCUAAAGAGAAGAGGUAUGUGAAGAAACACCUGUUUAGUGACACAGACACAGACUAUGCCAUGACAGAGGUCAGCUGGUUGAGAGAGUCAAGUAGGAAACCCAAACCCAAAGUUACCAAAUAUUCCAAGUCGGUGCCCGUCAAGCCUAAGGCUCCGUCAACUCAUACUUCAUAUGAAUCCCCAGAUUUACCCCCGCCCUCUCCAAAACCUGUAAAGGGCCACAUCAAAUCCAAAAAGCCCGAUGUAAAGAAAGCCGUGGAACAGCCAAAGAAGACAGUGAAGCCAGCAGCAGCACCCGACAGACAACAUGCAGCAGGCAGGAGGCCUCAGAGAGCUGCAGCCACCACAUCCAAGAGCUAUAAAGAGCCAGACACUGAUGACAGCCAGUCAGAAUCAGAGAAGCAUCUAGCUUCCAAGUACUCCUCUACUGAUCAGCUGACGAAAACUGAGAAAAACAAUGAGACUGCUAAGAUGAGGAAGAAAAAGACUGGCUGUAAACAACCAACAAAAAGCAGCUUGAAGCUAGAGAACAACUAUCAUAGCAGCCAGUCAGAGUCAGAAUCUGUGUCAGAGCAGCCACCAAUUUCCAAGAAAUAUUUUGCAGGUCAGCAGGGCAAGAGUGAGAAGACCUGUCCGGAGGUUCCAGAGGUAAAGAAGAGAAAAAACACCUCCUCUGAGCAAUCUGUAAAUAGGAGACAAGACUGCAACAACCAGUCAGAUUUGAAAAAGCCAUCUGGUGCCAAGCAGCAGAGGCCUGAGAAUGUUCUUCAAGACACAACAAAGUUAAAUAAGACAAAUGUCAUUCCUGCCCAAGAACAGACGAAUGUAUUGGAGGAGUCCUGGGCUGACCGCCAGGCCUUGUUCUCUCCCUGCCCUCCUUUUAUCGAGAGGAUGAGAUCUGGUGAGAGGUCAGCCCCAACCUUGGGUUUGACCUUCUCCCCUAUCCUCACCCCGCGGGGAUCCCCACUCCCUGCCUCCCCCAAUCUUCCCUGCCAGGACACCCCCUCGCCAGUCCUGCUGCUACCCAAGCCUCGCUCAACAGUCAGCAGUAAAGGAAACUUUAAGCCCUCCUCGUUCUACAGUGCAAGAAAGAAGGGUAGCACAUCCAAGACUCAGUCAAUCCAGUCUGUGUCCCCUCUCCCUUCACUGACCUCCAGAGAUCAAACCCCUGCAGCCGGUCCUCCCAAUGGACCAAGAGCAACAGAGACAAGUCCGGUCCAGCAGUGCCUAUUCUCAGCACCUCGACCUACUUUGUCUCUGUCCACUUGUCCCCUGUUAACGUCCACAUUCCUUGAGCCGGACAAGCCGUCCCUGCCCUCUCCUCCUCAGUCAUCGUUCCCUGAAGACACUGUCAACCAUGGCCACAUUUAUGGCUUCAAUAAAGUGUCUCCAGUAUCUCGGCUGUCACUGAGCCAGUCAUCAGUACUCAGUAGUAGAGUUAAAGACAGUCCUGCUGUGAGCCUGGCAAUGUCUCAUAAAACAGAGAAAACGCCAUCUUCAGAACGAGACCUAAUGCCUGCACAGCUUCAUAUCUCUGGACCCAUUCGAAAGCGCCACAUCUCUUUGUCCAGUAACUCUGAGGAAGAUGAGAGGGAAGAGAGGAAGAAAAGCAAGAUGAGAGGGCAGCGUUCUCCUCGGAUGAGGCCGAGGAAGUUGUUCAAGUCAUUUGCUGAGGUGCCUGCUGAAGGUGGGGUGAGCCGAGUGACGUCUUCUUCUCACACGGUGAGCUCCAGUCACUGGGAAGCUGAAGUGGCAUCGGCAGACCUGGACAUGGAUGAGGAUUUGGACUUGCCAGACGUGGCUGUACACCCAAGUAACCUAUGCCAGCAAUUCAGCUCUGAGCUGAAGAAGAAGUUCCAGAGCCGUUCUAAGAUGAUGGAGGUUUACAACAAGCAGUCUUUGAAGACUGUCCAGCAACAUGUCUCCUCCCUCAACACACAAGUUACUAAAUACAGGACUCAGAGGCUUGCACAGGUUCAGAAGGUCCUCUUGGAAGAGAUCCACAAACUGGAGCAGGAUGACACUGUACUGAAAAACAUGGAGAAAGACCUGACUAUGUACUGGAAAAAGCAGGUUGUGGCGUUCCAUUCUUUCCAGGAGCAGGAUACCAGGAGAAACGAGACCCUGAAGAAUGCUCUCCAGAGUAACGUGUGUCACAGCUUGGAGUACGAGGAAAGAAUAUUCACAUCCCAGAUGUGCCUGAUAAGAAAAGACAUGAAGUCAGUUCAGGACAGACUCCUCGGAGAGAUGCAAGACGGAGAGAUCAAGAGUGUGAAGAGAGGUCUGCAUUCUCUGUUUUUCCCUGAUGGAGGCAGGUUUUGAGUUGACACAGUCCUGCCAAAGGUCCCUACACACUAAAUAAGGUGUAAU